GCCUUGGCGGACAUGUUUGGAGACCCAGCCAAUGCACCCGGCUUUGUGCUGAAGCCACGCAUGGACACUGACCCUGAAACCGGCCAGCGACGCUACUCCACCCCAGAGACGGGCACAUGGUGGCAUAAUGCCCAGGAUCAUGUGGGAGAAGGUGAGGUAGUUGCGGCCAUUAUGCUCUACAGCGACGUGACGCACCUGAGUGAAAACGGGCGCAAAUUGGCUUGGCCUGUUAUGAUGACAUUGGGGAACAUCCGGCAGGGCAAGUGCUGGGCAUCGUCUGGGCACUGUCUGCUCGGAACUCUCCCUAUCCCCCCCACUACCAUGUCACCCGGUCAGAAAACUGCCCUUUUCCAACAAGCCGCAUUGACCAUGCUUGAAAAGCUUCUUGCGGGGCGAGAAAGUGGCUUCUUGCUCAAGGACCCCAAUGGCGUGGAGCAUGUGGUCAGACCCAUGCUUUACACAUGGGUCUGUGAUUACCCCGAAAGUGGGAAAGUCACCUGCACCUUAUCUGGUGGCACUGCUCGUCCUUGCAGUAACAGCUAUGCUGAGAAGGAGCAUCUUGACUGUGUCACUGCUGAGAACACGCCUAGGACAGUCGACCAACAACGCUGGAUCAUGGAGCAUGCAGGGGACAAGUUGGGAACUGAAAAGACGGCUGCGGCCCAGUUUUCCACAUUCGGCAUUGAGUGCGCACUCUGGCACUGGGAUGUGCCUGGCGCGCCAUGGGCGAAUCCGUACCAAGCGAUCAUGCCUGACAUAAUGCACCAGUCCGACCUGGGCAUUCUACACCACAUCGUGGCUGCGGUUCGUGCGUCAUACGGCCGGAGCCUCACCUUGUUCGACGCGCGGCUAGCUCAAAUCCGCGCUGAUACGAGGAUGACUAACGUCCGUUUUCCAUCAGCCAACUACUUCACGUCCUCUGCCCGAAUUGCGGCAUACGAGCAUCGUGCGGUGCUCAUG